CCGGGCGCUGCCCUCACUCAAGAUGGCGGGAGCCUCCAAAAUGGCCGCGGGGCCCUGCCUCCCCUACUUCUAAAUAGUAUCGCCCCGCCCCAGUCUGCAGACUCUGGUCAUGAUGGCGGCUACAGCCUCAGUCUCCCGUGGGCUCCGGAGCCUCCUGCUGCGGCGACUGGCGGCCCCCCACGUCCCACAUCUCAUUUCUCGUCCCAUGAGCUCCUCUAAGGAGCAUGCAGCAUCCCAGGCAGAGGAUCAUGACUACGAGUCCCUCAAAGUGACCAAGGCUGGGGACCACAUCCUGCACGUGCAGAUAAACAGGCCAGAAAAGAGGAACGCGAUGAACCGGGCAUUCUGGAGGGAGAUGGUGGAAUGUUUCAACAAGAUUGCCCAGGACCCCCACUGCAGGGCUGUGGUGCUGUCGGGGGCUGGAAAGACAUUCACAUCAGGCAUUGACCUUGUGGAUAUGGCUGGGGACCUUCUCCAGCCACAGGGGGAGGAUGUGGCCCGGGUCAGCUGGAAUCUGCGCCAGAUGAUCACCAAGUACCAGGAGACCUUCACUGUCCUUGAGAAGUGCCCGAAGCCGGUCAUUGCUGCUAUCCAUGGUGGCUGCAUUGGGGGAGGAGUAGACCUCAUCUCUGCCUGUGAUAUCAGGUACUGUGCCCAGGAUGCCUGGUUCCAGGUGAAGGAGGUGGACAUUGGCCUGGCCGCAGAUGUGGGGACACUUCAGCGUCUGCCCCGGAUCAUAGGGAGCCAAAGCCUGGUGAAUGAGUUGGUCUUCACUGCCCGAAAGAUGAUGGCUGAUGAAGCUCUGAGCAGCGGCCUGGUCAGCCGGGUGUUCCAGGACCAGGAGUCCCUCCUGGCGGCCGCCUUCGCCCUGGCGGGUGAGAUCUCCAGUAAGAGCCCCGUGGCUGUGCAGGGCAGCAAGGUUAACCUGCUCUACUCCCGGGACCACAGCGUGGCUGAAGGGCUCAACUUCAUGGCUGCUUGGAACAUGAGUAUGCUGCAGACCCAAGACAUAGCCAAGUCGGCCCAGGCCUUCUUUGAGAAGACGGAUCUGAAAAGCAUCACCUUCUCCAAGCUCUGAAUGCCCAUGGCCGGGCUGCGCCCCCUCCCCGCUGCUGAUCCUUGAGACCGUCCGACGCUCCCACUGCAAAGGAGUCUGACCAUGGGGGCCACUAGUCUCUCAUGGAGGGGGCCGCUUGCCCAGGUCACACAAGGCAGUGAGUUUGAGGAGGAAGCCAAAACUGCAGCCGCUCCCCUGCCUCUCUUUGGCCCUCCACAGCCCAUGACUCCCGCUGCCCUUCAGAAGGGGUGUGAGCCUGCGUCAGGGUGGGCGACGACCUAUCUCAGUAAUAAAGUCAUUCUGUGAA